AUCAGAAUGAUUGUAUUCAAAAUGGUCUCAGGUGCUGUGAUGUAAUAAUCACGGAAUGCAGUCCAUUGUUAUCAGCUCUUGCUUUCCCGUAAGCUCUGCCUGCUCAGUUUUGUGACGUCAAUAAAGGCCUUAGCUUUACAUUACUAUGACAGGGAAAUGUAUGUUCUAUUGUUUAAUUCAGAUAAAGGAAUGGUGAGGAAAAACUGGUGCUAUUUAGAGAAGCACUGGCCAAUUGUCCACAACAACACAAAAACUGUAUCCUCCAAUCACCAACCAAACUAAAGAUGCAGCCUGGAUUGCGAUUAGAGUAAAGGGAAGACUGAAUUACCAAACUUUCUCAGCCAGAAAAGGAGAACAGCACAGGGUUAUAUCAUCAAUGCUACCUUAGGUAGGGCACUCUUACCUUAUCGACUCUCUCUUGUGCUACCUAAGUAAUUUAAAACAUGUAACAUGUAACGCAAAGCAUUCAAAGUUUAUCAUUCUGGUUUAACACAAUAGUUCUGAUCUUUGUUUCGGUCAAUUGUCUUUGUAACUUGUGUUUUUGUCAGGGCCCCUUUGGAAAAGAGGUUGCAACCUCAACGAGGUCUUCCUGGUUACAUAAAGUUUUAAAAAUAAAAUGAAGACCAUGGCAGGGAUUUCUAGAAGUGUGUUGCUGUUUCCCAUUUUAGGUGGAGAUUGUGAUGAGGUGUCAGUGGCUCUGGUUGUUUGUUGGUAUCUGGUGCCUGCUGAGCGGUCCUGUCUCGUGUGCCCCCACACUGCCCUCUGCUGACCUGGAGGACCUGCAGUCCAUCAGCUCAGAGGUCAUUGUGCGCAGGGGUCCCUGCAGCGCCACCUGUGGGCUGGGGCUCCGCACAGAGGAGAAGUGUUUACUGGAAGGAGGUGGGACUCCCCGGGACUGUCACGAGCACAAGGUGCGGUGCCUGCUGACCUGGCAGUGUGGCCUGCGCACCCUCACCGCACCCACAGGGGGCGCUGUGGUGCUGGACUGUUUGGGCGAGGUGACGCAGGCUCAGGGCAGGUUUGGUUUCUUCCUCUCCUGGCGCUAUGCCCGUGGAGUGGUCACCACCGAUGACAGCCUUUUUGCCCGCUGGCACACGCCGGUGCUGGAUCAGGUGACGCUGGACCCCCUGCAUGAGGAAAAUGCCGGAACCUACCGCUGUGACGUGCAGGACAGCACCCACCGCAUGGUCAAAAGGGUUUACUUCGGGGUUAAGGUCCUGCCCCCAGAUGUAAUACGCCUGAACUUUACCAACGCCCUCAGCCAAUGGGAUAUCACAGACAAGAGGCUGAAUCCAGGACCAGGACCGGAGCCUGUCUAUUCCUAUCUAACACAGAGGGACAUGGUUCUGUACAGUUUGACUGUGGCAGCCGUAGCUGCGGCUCUCAUCUUCCUCUCUCUCCACUAUGGCUGCCAGAGGCUCACUGCCACAGCAGCAGUGAUAUGAACUCUGAUCACUAAUGCAUGCGCAGCACAGGCAGAUCCUCUGUUCAUAAACAAAGGCAUAACUAUAAAUCAAGCUGUGCUGUCACGUGUCUUUAAUACACUGUAAUUACAUUGCAGUGACUUAUUAGAUGCCAUAUCCAGAGUGACUUAUAAAAGUGGAGAACGUCAGUGUUAGACUCAGGAAAACAGAAGUGCAGUUUCACCAAGAAGACAAAAAAGGCCCACCUAUAGUCAUUGAUAGUAUUUUAUGCCAAAGACAAAUUGCUCUUGUGCAUGUGGCAGUGACACGUUUUUUGUUGUU